UACAAUACGAGCCAUCUCACACUAAAAUUAACACUUGAACAAGAUAUCAGAUUGCGGUGAAAACACGUAAAGAAUUUCAACUAUUUAGCGGUUUCAAAACACCAGAAAUAUUUUCGCAAUUCAUUGAUUCAAUGUAAAAAAAUCAAACGUAAUAUAAUUUAUUAAUAUGAAAUAUAUUUACCUAUGUAUAUAUACAUAUAUUUAUAUAUAUAUAUCUAUGCAUAUAAAUAUACUAAAAAGCGUGCGUGACUAAAAUCGCUAAUUGAAGAAACGUGUAGCAAUUGUAAGACAUAAACACUUAGAUUAACACUUACGUAUACCGUAAGCAAAUGAACAAAGAAAGUUGUUUUCGAUUAAGAGCUUAAAGCAAAAAAAAACUCUUAAAUGAAAACGGAAACAGUCAUUAAGAGUGUUUAAAAACAAAAAACAACCUGCUAAACAAAAAAAACCUUAAACCAAUAAAAAAUUUUUAUUUUAAAUGCCAAAGAUUCAUAAAAAGGAAUACUAACAAUUAUAAGAAAAAAUAAAAUAAUCAAAAUAAUAAAAGCUAAAACUAAGAAAAGAAAGUUGUAGAAAAUUUUUAAAAUACAAAGGCAGAAAGAAAGAAAAAAACAAAAAACAUACGUUUGCUUUUCACAGCGUUGAAUUAUAAAAUUUGCUUUUUGCUGCCAAAAAAAAAAAAAAAAAAUUGAAACAAAAAAUUUUUAAAAAAGUUUCAGAAAGCAAGAAACGCCCUGCGGUUUUAGCGGUUUAGCGGCUACUGUUUUUUAACUUACAACAUAACGUUCACUAUGUAUGUUGUGCACUUGAAUGUAGGGAAAGUUUUGGCAGCAUGUCUUCUAGUGAACAUUGCCAUCAUUACGCCAACACCGACUGAUAGCUCAUCCAUACCUAUCUGGGAAUUUUUAACGCGUAAUGAGAAGAUGUCGUAUUUGUAUUCUACAUUUGCCCAAUUAGUGAGCGUGCACUGUAAGGCAACCGCAGCCACAGCUUCGAUACCAGUAAAUCAAUGUAAGCGUGAUUUAUUAAAUUAUGGUUACGAAAAGCUGCAAACCUUCUCCGACAACCAAUUAGACAAUUUCGAUCCUUAUCAAAGGGGAGCCAAUGAAUUGAUAUGGUCUUCCAUAAUGCGAAAUCAUCCGAGUUCUGUACUGAUAACGACACGUAAACCUUUGACAACCGUCUCAGGGACUACAUUGCUUGUGUUAAACGAUGAAAUUCCCCAAAACAAUACUGCAAAUGCAGCGGAUACGGACACUUCAGAAACACAACACGUUAAGAAUCCCAUAUUCGAAACUGAUAACGAACAACAACACCAAUAUGCCAUGGAUAUGGAUAUAGCAUAUGGUUACGGUUAUCCAAGUAUGUCACAUAAUCCUCAAGUAGAUGUAUUCGAUAGUAGCGCACAUUCAAAUCCAAGCGAGGAAGAAAAACAUAGAACGUAUCUCACAGGACCUUCAGUAGUGCGCGUACGACCGGACGGUACUCCUGUAGAAGAAGAUCGUCAUAAACCUCUACCCCAGGACGAUGAUUUGGAAGUCUUAAAUUCAUCUGCAUCUUCAUCCGCCACUGCUUCCACUUCGACUUUCCCAUCUUCCAUUCCUAAUUACAGUUAUGCCGGCACUACAAAACAUCGUAAAAUCGCUACUAUUAGUGCUUUAAAGCAACAAUAUUUGAACAGUUUGGCAUUGCAGCAGCAAAAAUUAUUACCUAUCUACAGGCAGGCACGUGAACGACGUCAUACGGUGGUUUAAUUUAGUUAAGUUAACAGUUAAAAGCUCGAUUUCUAGCUUUAAUUAUUAUUUUUAUAUUAAUUUAAGCUAAAUAAUUGUGUGAUUGUUUGUGAUGUUUGUUUACAUUCAAAUUAAAUGAAUGAAAUAAACAUUGAAUGAAUGUGUGAAAAUCUUAAGGGAUUUAUGAAACAAUUAAGUGUUUCAAAAAACUCAUAGAAUUAAUAACAACAACAUAAUAAAUCGUGUGUAAGGAGUUUAUGAUAAACAUCAACCGAUUUACUUCUGACGAGGAAGUACGAUCAUAUGAGAAAUUAUUAUUUUUUUAUUAUAUCUUAUUAUUAUUUAUUGUGCACUUCAAUCUUUAUUUCGGCUAAAUUUGAAUAAACUCUAUAUAUUAUUUAUAAAACUAAAAAA